CGGAGUGGGGCUCGCGCCAGGACAAUGGCAGCUAGAAUGCGGCGAUAUGGACCUGGCGGCGGCUUGGAGCUGGAGCGGCGGCUGCAGCAGCUUCACCAGCUGCUGUCAGCUAGAGACAGCAGGAGCGCUUCAGUGGAUUCACAUAGUUUCAUCACCAACCUCACCCAUGAUUUUCUGUAUAGUAGUCACGAAAGCCGGCUGGCCCUACACAGCUCAUUGAUGUUCUCCAAGGAUGAAGGGUUACUGACCUUCCUUCGAAAAUCACUAAGCAAUGAAGAUUUUCGGGAUUGUAGAGAAGAAGUUUUGAAGUUAAUUACUGCAUUUGUUGAAAAGAUUAAAGAGACAGUUGGACCAUAUGCACUUGAAAUCAAGGAAGUUUGUCUCGUGGUGUACACCAAAGAAAGGGCUGCAAAAUGUAAAGUUGCUGCCUUAGACCUCCUUCUUGUGUUGUUGCGCAGUAAAACCUGUCUUCAAGAAUUUAAAACUGGAGAAAUAUUCAACAAAUUCUAUGGGGAAUUAGCACAGAAGAGCAAACUUCCAGACACAGUGUUGGAGAAGAUAUAUGAGCUGUUGGGUGUACUAUCAGAAGUACAGCCGACUGAAAUGCUUGAUAAUUCAGAAAAACUUUAUCGUGCUUACUUAAGUGAGUUGAAAACCCAGAUGACCUCUGCAACAAGAGAGCCCAAACUUCUGGUGGUAUCGGGAUGCCUUAGAGGGUUAAUAGCACUUAUGGUAAACUUCACUAAAUCUGUAGAGGAAGAUCCAAGGACGUCAAAGGAUAUUUUUGAUUGUGCAAUGAAAGCCAUAAAUUUGCAGGCUGACAGAAAGAGAUAUGCUGUUCCUUUGGCCGGGUUACGCUUGUUCACAUUGCAUGCAACCCAGUUCAGCACCUUCCUCAUGGAUAGCUACCAAACACUGUUUGAAAUGAUGUCGAAAUGGUGUGGCCAUUCAAAUAUGGAAGUUAAAAAAGCUGGCUAUGCUGCCCUUGAAAGUUUUCUUAAAGAGAUUGCAUUACAAGUGGCAGAAAAUGCUCAUUUACACACAGAUAAGUUACAGUACUUCAUGCAACAAUUUUAUGAGAUCAUCCGGACAAUGGAAUCAAGCAUUAAGGAGCUUUCCAUAGCCAUACGAGGAUAUGGACUUUUUGCAGCUCCCUGUAAGGCUGUGAACUCUCAGUAUGUUGACUUCAUGUACACGGAGCUGAUUCAGCGCUGUAAACAGAUGUAUCUCACUGAGGCAGACACAGAAGAUGACAAUGUUUAUCAGCUUCCCAGUUUCCUAGAUUCUCUUGCAAGUGUCAUCUUCCACAUAGAUAAAAUCCCUGGAGUUUAUACUUCUGUACUAGAACGUCUACUGGUGGUUCAGAUAGACAGCUUCCCACAGUACAGUGUGAGGAUGCAACCAGUCUGUUGUCAUUCCAUAGUUAAACUGUUCAUUGCCCUUGCAGGAAAGGGCCCUGUUCUCUGGAACUUUAUUAGCACUGUAGUGCAUCAAGGUCUGAUUCGUGUCUGUUCAAAGCCAGUUCUCCUUCCUGGGGAGGGAAUGGGGAAAGUUGAGCCAUGGUCCAGUAUGCAACAGCCACUUGACAAUGGUAAUGUGGUAAAAGGAAAAUGGAGAGUACCUUCUUAUAAAGAUUAUUUGGAGUUAUUCAGGAGCCUGCUGGACUGUGGGAAAAUGAAGGAAUCUGGACUGGUGGCUGAGACGUUGCAGAUGUCUGAUUCACCCCUGAAGUCUUUAAAUCGGCUGUUGUAUGAUGAGUUUAUUAAAUCAGUGCUCAAGAUCAUUGAGAAGUUGGAUCUGACAGUGGACAAACAAAGCCAGACUGAAGAAGGGGGUUCAGGUGACAUCAACAGCAGUAUUGUAAUCCCUACAUCUGAUCCAGCAGCAAACCUACAGCCGACUAAACCAAAAGAUUUUACUGCCUUAUUCAAUUUAGUAGAAUUCUGUGGGGAAUUGUUAUUAGAAAAGCAUACAGACUUCUUUGAACAAUGGGUGUAUAGAUUUGGACAUGAACUCAUUCUACGAUCCACACAAUUUCCCCUCAUCAGCGGAUUCUACAAGCUUCUGUCGCUCACGAUGAAAAUAGCCCAAAAAAUUAAAUAUUUUGAGGGUGUUAGCACAAAAACUGGAAAACAGUGUCCAAGGAACCCUGAAAAAUUUGCCUGCUUUGCCUUAUUUGGGAAGUUUGGAAAAGAGGUAGCGAUCAGAAUGAAACAGUACAAGGAUGAGUUACUGGCUUCCUGCCUGAUGUUUGUACUCUCUCUACCGCAUGACAUAAUUGAACUUGAUAUCAAGACUUUCAUUCCAGCGUUGCAGACUGCAUUUAAACUCGGCCUUAGCCACAUUCCACUUGCUGAUGCUGGAUUAGACGCCCUGGAGCUUUGGUCAAUUCAUAUUUCCAAACAUGCCAUUGAACCUUAUUACAGAGAGAUUUUACCAUACCUGGAUGGCUACUUGAAAACAGCUUCAAAUGAGACUGAAAACAGUUGGGAAAUGUUGAGCAUUAAUACUUCAUGUAAAGGAGGAAACAAAGUUCUUAUACGUCGCCUGAAAAAUGCAAGGGAUCUUUCUAUGAGCGAAGAGUCUCCUGCUGCAGCUGUGAGGCAUAGAGUAGUACGGUUACUUGGGUCCCUUGGUGGGCAGAUCAAUCGAAGCCUGGUUACAGCUGCUUCUUCGGAGGAAAUGAUGAAGAAGUGUGUUGCGUGGGUGGCAGAGAGGCCACUGAGUUUUGCAGUGCCAUUUGCAGACAUGAAACCUGUCAUAUACUUAGAUUCAUUUCUACCCCGCAUCUCCGAACUUGCGCUUUCUGCUGGUGACCGACAGACGAAGGUUGCAGCUUGUGAACUGCUCCAUAGUGUGGUAGCUUAUAUGCUAGGAAAAGGAUCUCAGAUCUCAGAAGGACAGCAGGAAACAAUGUACAAGCUCAACAAACACAUGUUUCCAGUCUUGCUCCGCCUUGGUUGUGACGUGGAUAAGGUAACCAAUCAGCUGUUUGAACCACUUGUUAUGCAGCUUAUCCAUUGGCUCACUAACAACAGAAAAUUUGAAAGUCGGGAUACAGUGGCGCUGCUGGAAGCUAUUCUGGAUGGCAUUGUGGAUCCAGUGGACAGCACUUUGAGAGACUUCUGUGGGAACUGUGUUCAGGAGUUUCUCAAGUGGUCCAUAAAGCAGACAACUCCAGAACAGCAGCAGAAGAGUCCAGUGAAUACAAAAUCACUCUUCAAGAGACUGUAUAGCCUUGCUCUUCAUCCCAAUAGUUUUAAACGACUGGGGGCAGCUCUUGCCUUUAACAGCAUAUACAGAGAAUUCAGGGAAGAAAAUGCCUUGGUUGAACAGUUUGUGUUUGAAAUAUUGGUUGUUUAUGUGGAAAGCCUUGCUCUGGCACAUGCAGACGAUAAAUCAUUGGGUACAGUUCAGCAAUGCUGUGAUAGUAUUGAUCAUCUGAAACGGAUUAUCAAACAGAAAGCUCAUGCUUUGAAUCAACCUGCCAAAAGGCGUGUGCCCAGGGGAUUUUCCUCUAAUCAGAUGGUCUGUUUAACAGACAUUGUCAUGUGGCUGUUGGCUCAGUGUGGACGACCCCAAACAGAGUGUCGGCACAAAUGCAUGGAACUCUUUUAUCAACUAGUUCCCCUUUUGCCAGGAAACAAAACACCAUCAUCUUGGAUGAAUGAAAUUAUAAAGAAGAAUGGUGUUUCAUUUCUGGUUAAUAUGUUUGAGGGGGCUGGUAAUGACCACGACAGAUGUUCUGGGAUCAUUUUUCAUCCCACAUUUAAUGAUCUGCACGGGCCCUUCAGUGUAAGAGCUGCCCUACAGUGGAUGGAUAUGUUACUGGCAGCUCUAGAUUGUUACAAUACAUUCAUAGGGCUGCAUUUGAUCAAACCCAAUGAACUUCUGGAAACCUAUCAGAAAUCUGGAUUAAUGAAAGCCCUGCAUUUCUUCCUGAAAAAUCUUGCAAUGCAUGACAUCACAGCUGCAGAGGAGUGCUCUGCUUAUGGGAGCAAGGGCACACUUUUUAGCCCGAGAGAGAGAGAAGACUACAAUUACAGUAAAUGCACUAUCAUAGUCCGUAUUAUGGAAUUUGUUAGCAUGGUCCUGGAAGGUUGCCAGCAGGAUUUCUGGAAGGUGCUUGAGGAAGACUUAUUAAAUUCCAAUCUGUUUGAACUUGUAGUAAUAGUAGUGAUUGAUCCGCCGAGUAUUGGAUUUAAUAUGGCAGAUGUACAAGUGAUGAAAAGUCUACCAGAUAUCAAUGUGAGGCUUUUGCAAGCAGUGCUAAGAUCGCCUUAUCAAGAAACAUUAGAAAGCAGCACGAGGAAAAGAAUUACAUCUCAGAGCAUUGAAGAGCUGUGCAGUGUGGAUCUAUACAGAAGGGCAGAUCAUGACAAAUUGAGCUCCAUCCUGUUGGCAUGCAAACAAUUACACAAGGCCGGACUUCUGAAAUCUGUACUGAAGUGCCAGACUGGGAGUAUUGGCCUGCCACUGAAUUCAAAGCUUUUAUCAACUGUCUACAAAGGAAUUGCCCCUGGAGAUGAGAGGAAAUCGCUCCCAUCAAUAGAUGUCAGCAGUAAGAUGUUAGCCGAUGGGCUAUUACAGCUGUCAUUCUCCCUUGGUGAGCAGUGUGAGGAACUGAUCUCCUUGCUAUUGAACACAGUUGAGCUAUCUGUACCACUGUCAGGGGCAUCCCAGCGACACUUCAUCAGUUUUUCCCAUGGUGAAUACUUCUACAAUUUGUUUUCUGAAACCAUUAAUGGUGAAUUACUUAGAAAUCUUAACUCUGCAGUGACCCAAUUAAUGGGAUCAGCAAGCGAAAACUCUAAAAUGGUGAGCACUGUUCUGAAUGGAAUGCUUGAUCAGAGUUUCAGAGACCAUACUGUACGAAAGAAGCAGGGUGUUCUCCUGGUUAAUGCUGUACUUACAAAUUGGACAAAACUUGAUUCGUGGUGGUCAAAGGAUUCGAUUCCUGAGAGCAAGAUGGCUGUCUUAACACUGCUUUCCAAAGUACUUCAGAUUGAUUCCUCAGUCUCUUUUGGUAAUAGUCAUGAGGCAUUUUCAAUGGUAUUUCAAACUUAUACCACACUAUUGACAGAUCCAACAUUGGCUUUAAACUUGAAGACCAAGGCAGUGAUUAUACUACCAUUUUUUGUGCACCUUCCUGAAGAAAAUCUUAUAUUGCUUCGCAAUGCCCUCAACCAGUUUGUAGCUGCCCAUUUUCCUAUGAAAUCAGAUGAAUUUCCUAAGGGUACAUUGAGGUAUAACAACUACAUUGACUGUGUCAAAAAAUUACUGGAUGCUUUGGAGCUAUCUCAGAGUCCACUGUUGUUAAAAAUUCUGACUGAGGUUCUGUGUCGUGACAGCAGACAUGUCAUGGAAGAAGCAUUUCAGAUCUGUUUCCAAAAUAUAGUAAAAAGGGGUACCUGUGAAAAGCAAGUGGCCCUGCUGGAAGCUGCAUAUGAGAUGUUCCGAAAUGAAGAAAUGCUUCCGAAUGCUACUCGGCAGUUUGUGAUGGACCGUUCUCUUCUCACUCUUAUUGCCCACUGCAGUCCAGAUGCUUUAAGAGAGUUUUUCUGCAAAAUUGUAAAGGAUGCCAUGGAGAUUGUACAAUCCAGAUUCAUAAAGUCAAGCGAGUCCUCCUUCGAAAACCAGUUGACAAAGAAAAUUGGCUUUUACAAGCUGUUUGAAGUCAUGUAUGCACGCCUGCCAAAGAAUGAUGUCUACACAGAGAAAUCAGAGAUAAUCCAGGCUUUCCAUUCCUCGGGUAACAUAGAAGGCAACAAACUUUCAAAGACUUUACUGAGAUCUUGUUAUGAUGCAAUUACUGAAAAUAUGGCUGGUGAAACUCAGCUCCUGGAGAAAAGGAGACAAUACCAUUGUGCUGCUUAUAAUUGCAUGAUUGCAGCCCUCUGUUGUAUUUUCACAGAGGCUAAAUUUUACAACGGCUUCCUUUUCAGUGAAAAACCAGAGAAGAAUAUCUUUAUCUUUGAGAAUCUGAUUGACGUCCAACGCACGUACAAUUUUCCUGUGGAAAUUGAAGUCCCAGUGGAAAAGAAGAGAAGGUAUUUUGCUAUUCGAAAAGAAGCAAGAGAAGCAGCAGAAGGAGAUUCAGAUGAACCCCAUUAUUUGUCAUCACAGUCGUACAUGGUUGACAGUAGUCUCAGUGAGGAAAUGAGUCAGUUUGAUUUCUCUACUGGCGUCCAGAGCUUCUCGUACAGUUCACAAGAUCCCAGAGUACCUGUUUUUCGUACCAGAAAAAUGGAAUUGAUGGAGUCAAAUGUUGUGCAGAAUGACAUUGUGGAGCUCGAGAUGGAUGAGAUGAAUCAGCACGAAUGUAUGACGACCAUGACUGCUUUAAUCAAACACAUGCAGAAGGCUAACAUCACACCAAAAGUUGAGGAGGGGAAGACCCCACGUGAGCUUCCGCCUUGGAUGAAAUUUCUGCAUGGAAAAUUGGGAAACUCUGCAACACCGUUAAAUAUCCGACUCUUCAUUGCAAAGCUUAUUGUUAACACUGAGGAGAUUUUCCAACCGUAUGCCCAGGAAUGGUUGGGGCCCCUGCUGCAAUUAGUGGUUUCUGGCAAUAAUGGAGGUGAUGGCAUUCACUACAUGGUGGUGGAAAUUGUGGUCACAGUUCUAUCCUGGACAAGUGUGGCCACCCCAAAGGGAAAUCUGAAGAAUGAGAUCCUGGCGAAUCGCCUCUUGGAGUUCCUAAUGAAGAAUUCCUUUCACGAGAAGAGGGCAGUGUUCAGGCACAACCUGGAAAUCAUUAAGACAGUAGUUGAAUGCUGGAAGGAUUGUCUGUCUAUCCCUUACAGCUUGAUCUUUGAGCGAUUUGCUGGAAGGGAUCCGAAUACCAAAGACAACUCUGUGGGCAUCCAGUUGCUUGGGAUUGUCCUUGCCAAUAAUUUGCCUCCAUAUGAUCCUAAAUGUGCAAUUGACGGUGAAAGGUACUUUCAGAGAUUGGUGCAUAACAUUUCCUUAACACGAUAUAAAGAGGUGUAUGCAGCUGCUGCAGAGGUCCUUGGGCUUGUCCUGCAAUAUUUAGCAGAAGAACAAUUGGAUGUUGCGAUUCAUGAUUUAGUUGUUAAGGAAUUACAGCAACUUCACAGCACAAAGGAGGACAAGUUUAUUGUGUGUUUGAGUAAGAUUGUGAAGCAUUUCCCACCUUUUGCUGACAGGUUUCUGAAUGCAGUAUUUUUCCUAUUACCAAAGUUGUAUGGCGUGCUAAAAACGCACUGCCUUGAGGUGGUGAUGUAUCGGGCAGAAGAGAUAUCUGACAUUCACCUACAACUGAAGAGCAAGGACUUUGCACAGAUCAUGAGCCAUAGGGAUGAAGAACGGCAGAGGGUUUGUUUGGACAUAGUAUAUAAGAUUAAAGCCAAGCUAACGUCAACAGAACUGAAAGGGAUGCUAAGUUCAGUGAUGGCUUUCAUUUCUCAUCCAUCUCCCAUUUGUCGAGAGAAAUUGUACGAUGUUCUGAUGUGGAUAUAUGACAAUUACAGAGAUCCCGAAAGUCAAUCUGAUCUUGACUCAAAAGAAGUAUACAUGGCAGCAACAGAUGCAUUACUUCAGGGACUGACCGAUGAAAAUCCUGCGCUACGAUUGUAUGUCAGAAACUUCUGGAGUCAUGAAAACAGACUUCCAACCGGCACCCUGGACAGAAUGAUGGCCAUUCUUGGAUCAUUGUAUUGCAACAAGAUAGAGACCCAGUACCUCAGUAUAGCCACCAAUGUGCUGCUGGAAAUGACAAGUCGCAGCCCUGACUACAGCCGUGAGAUGUUUGAAUAUCCCCUAUCUGAAUGCAAAUUUCAAGAUUAUAGCAUUGAUUCGAGUUGGCAUCAGUGUAGUAGAAUUCUUACUCCAUUGUUUGUGGAAACUCAGGCUACAUCAGGUAGUAUUAGAAGCCCAACACAAGAAGCAUCAGCUGCAGGUCAAAGGUCAAAAGGUGGCCAAAUUAGGGCCACCCUAACCCAUUAUGAGUUUACACCAACUCAGAAUCCUGGUGCACGGAAUUUUAAUUGGUUAACAGGGAGUAGUUUGGACACCUUUGCGGAAUACACCCUUCCUUCUUCAGAAUCAAUGUCCUCUUCAUUACUUGUGUAUUCUAAACGGAGUGAGAGGCCACAGAGAGCAACAAUGAAGCCUGUUGGUCCAGACUUUGGCAAAAGGAGACUUGCUGUGCCAGGAGAUGAAGUUGGUAGUAAAACAAAAGCAGUAGCUGACCAGAGGGCAGACAUCCUCCGCCUGAGGCGGAGAUUCCUCAAAGAUAGAGAGAAAGAGAGCCUAAUUUUUGCCAGAAGGAGCAUUCAGGAAAAGCAUCUGGCAAAGGAAAUGAAAACUGAACAGAGGAUGAAACGUGACACACAGGUUACUUUGUACAGAUGUUAUCGUGUUGGAGAUCUGCCUGACAUUCAGAUCAAAUUCAGUAGUUUAAUUGCCCCACUGCAGGCUCUUGCUCAGAAAGACCAUUCACUUGCUAAACAACUUUUCAGUUCCCUAUUUUCUGGAAUUCUGGAAGAAGUGAAAAAAUCUAAAACAACUGCUGAAAUGAGUGGCAUUGGAAAAGAACUCAUGGAACAUUUUAGUUCUUUACUUAAUAGUACAACUUUGUGUUUCCCACCAUUUGUAACCUGUAUUCAGGAUAUGAGUCGGCAGCACCCAGACCUGGUGAAUCUUGAUCCCUGUAUUAUAAGCUCAACUGCCUUAACCAGUUUACAACAGCCAAUGGGAAUUCUACUUCUGGAGCUGAGUUUAAUCCCUCGCACCGCUUCAGAAGAACCACCAGCGAAAAGAGCACGAGGCCGAAACCAGCUGCCUCCUGACACUGCUCGAUGGGUAGAGCUGGCUAAGUUGUACCGAUCGCUAGGGGAUUAUGAUGUCCUGCGUGGGAUCUUCAGUGAAAAAAUUGGCACAAAGCCCAUCACUCAAAAGGCACUACUGGCAGAAGCAAAAAGUGAUUAUGCAGAGGCAGUACGGUUAUAUGAUCAGGCCCUGAAUUCUGAUGAGUGGGUAGAUGGAAACCCUACAGAUGCAGAGAGAGACUUUUGGGAUAUUGCAGCUUUGGAGUGUUACAGUCACCUGACUGAAUGGAAAUCACUGGAAUAUUGUUCCACCGUCAACCUCGGUGACAAAACACCUGUAAAUUUAGAUGAGAUAUGGACUGAUCCUUUCUAUCAGGAGACUUAUUUGCCACACAUGAUGCGUAGUAAAGUGAAAUUAUUGCAGUUGGGUGAAGUUGACCAGUCUUUGCUGACAUUUAUUGACAACGCAAUGAAGGUGGACCAACGGAAAACUGUUAUUGAAAGCCGCUACAGCCAGGAACUGAGCCUCCUGUACAUCCUGCAGGAUGACUUUGAUCGUGCCAAAUACUAUGUCAAUAAUAGUAUCCAAAUUUUUAUGCAGAAUUAUUCCAGCAUUGACACACUGCUACUGAGGAGCCGACUUACCAAGUUGCAAUCUCUUCAAACUCUGACAGAGAUCCAGGAUUUUCUUCGUUUCAUCACCAAAGGAUUUAAUUUAAUCGCUGAUAUGCCACUCCGAAAAUUAAUAAGAACUUGGACAGGCCGGUACCCAGAAUCAAAGCUGGAUCCGAUGAGUGUAUGGGAUGACAUAAUCACAAACCGCUGUUUCUUCCUCGACAAGAUUAAGGAACGACUGUCAUUUGUUCAAGCUGAUGAUAGUAUGGAGGUGGAUGAUGAAGGAACUGAUACUAAAAUGGAUGUGGACGGAGAGGAAGAUGUCAACAUGCUCAUAAGAAGCUGUAAAUUUAAUAUGAAGUUAAAAAUGUUAGAAAGUGCAAGCAAACAGAACAACUUUUCAGUGUCGGCGAAGUUGCUCAAAGAACUUGACAAAGAGUCCAAGGUUAAAAAUGACUGGAGAGUGAGAUGGAUACAAAGUUAUAGCCGAUUCAGUCAUAAGCGCAGUCGGAGUCUGGAGAGAGCAGGGCAGAUUGUAACGGUGAUGAAGACCAUCCCCUUGCUGGUUGAAGCUGAGGUGGAGACUCUAAAUAUACAAAGGCACGCUCUCAGAGACCAGAACACAUUGCUUGGAACAACCUAUUGGAUUAUGGCUAAUGCUCUGAAUAAAGACCCGUCAGUUCUUCAGCAUAUUGAGAAGAACCGAGCAAGAAAUGUUAUAGAACUUUCUGGAGCUACCAGUGACGAUAUAGCACAGGUUUCAGUUGGAUUAUACAGAAAGGCUCAUGAAUAUCUGCGAAUUGCUGUUAAAAAGGUUGAAGAAGAGCUGCAGUCUCUUUCUGAAAAACAUGUUGACACAUUGGGAGUGAUUAAAGCCUACAUGAAUUUGGCAAAUUUCUGUGACAAAUGCCUGCGUGAGGAAGAAGAAAGUGAAAACCUUGUGAAUUUCCCUGAGCUGCAGACAUUCCCAGCUUGCGUAGUGGAAAAUAUGUUAAAAGCGCUGAAGUAUAAUUCGAGAGAAGCCAGACUGAGAUUCCCUAGAUUGUUACAGAUUGUGGAAUUAUAUCCAGCUGAGACACAGGACCUCAUGACGAGAGGGGUGUCUUCCAUUCCAUGCUGGCAGUUCAUUGGUUGGAUUAGUCAAAUGAUGGCUGCACUUGACAAAAAAGAGGCUGGUGUCAUACACCACAUCAUAGAGGAGAUUGCAGAUUCCUACCCACAGGCUAUUAUAUACCCAUUUAUGAUCAGCAGCGAGAACUAUAACUUUGAACCAUCUGCAAAUGGCAAAAAGAACAAAGAUUUUGUUGAGAGGUUGAAAAGUAAACUGAAUAAAGGGGGAGCAGUAGAAAAUUUCAUUCAUUCCUUAGAACAGCUCAGUAAUCCAGACUUGCUCUUUAAGGACUGGGGUAACGAGUUCGAGAAUCAACUAGAGAAGAAAGUGAAAGAUAAAAAGCUUCUGAAAAAAAUGUAUGAUGAAAUGUACACAAGUUUAGCAUCUUUGCAUUCUCCAGGAAUUGGCACAUUCAGGACAAGAUAUGCUAAGAUGUUCAAAACGGGUUUUGAUCAAUAUUUUGGAAAAGGAGGCUCAAAACUACUGGACAUGGAUUUAAAAACAUUUAAUGAAGCAAAGAAGGAAAUCCUGGAAAGCCUAAGCACAGAACGGUUGGAGCCACCUGGGAACCUGAAAGAGUACUCACCAUGGUUGAGCGAAUUCAAGCCAGAGUAUCUAAGGAAUGAGUUAGAAAUUCCUGGACAGUAUGAUGGUAAAUCCAAGCCGAUGCCAGAAUACCAUGCGCAAAUCACAGGAUUUGAUGAAAGGAUAAAAGUUAUGAGUUCUAUAAGGAAGCCAAAACGCCUGAUAAUUCGUGGCAAUGAUGAAAAGGAAUAUCCUUUCCUUGUGAAGGGUGGUGAAGAUUUACGGCAAGAUCAGCGAAUCGAGCAACUCUUUGACAUCAUGAAUAUUAUCCUUUCUCGGGAUGCAGCUUGCAGUCAAAGAAGCUUGCAACUGAAGACUUAUCAAGUCAUUCCUAUGACAUCUAGACUUGGUUUGAUAGAAUGGCUAGACAACACGUGCGUAGUCAAGGAUUUUCUUUUAAGCAACAUGACUGACGAUGUACACAAAAGAUCAUCGGUACUCAAGGAGCAGUUUAAUCAGUGGCUAAAAAGGAUAUCAGGAUCAGGAUCGAAGAGUGACAUUGCCACCCAAUAUGGACUUAUGUACAGGAAAGCCAGUCGAACUGAAACAGUCAAAACUUUCAGAGACUGUGAGCGCACUUUACCACAAGAUCUGUUAAGGAGAGCAUUUACGAAGAUGAGUACCACUCCAGAAGCUUUCCUUGCUCUUCGCUCCCACUUUGCCAGUUCUCAUGCAUUAAUGUGUGUCAGUCAUUGGAUUCUUGGUAUCGGUGAUCGACAUCUCUCCAAUUUUAUGGUCAACCUGGAAACCGGGGGGAUGGUGGGAAUUGAUUUUGGUCAUACAUUUGGUUCUGCUACUCAGUUUCUGCCGGUGCCAGAGUUGAUGCCAUUCCGCCUAACUCAUCAGUUCCUGAAUCUUAUGCUCCCAAUGAAGGAAUCUGGCCUUAUCUACAGCACAAUGGUGCAUGGAUUGCGAGCGUUCCGUCUCGAUCCAGAUCUCCUCCUCAGUACCAUGGAUGUCUUUGUGAAAGAACCAUCAGUAGACUGGAAGAACCUCGAACUGAAACAAUUAAGAAAAAAAGGGACGUGGAGUAAGGAAGUUAACACAAAUGAAAUCAAUUGGUAUCCAAGGCAAAAGUUGAAUUAUGCCAAACGGAAACUUGAAGGAGCUAACCCAUCUGCUAUCACCAGAGAUGAAUUGCGGUUGGGGCAUGAAAAAUCAAUGGCUUAUAAUAGCUACGUAGCUGUAGCCAUGGGAGACAAAUAUCACAAUGUCCGAGCCAGAGAACCAGAAGAAGGGCUUUCUGUAGAGUGCCAGGUGGAUUGUCUGAUUGACCAAGCUACGGACCCAAAUAUCCUGGGUAGAGUAUGGGUGGGUUGGGAGGCAUGGAUAUGAUGGAGUGCAAUGAAUUGGGGAAGGCAUGAAAGAAGGUUUGAUGUAAAGAUUAAUCUAUAUAGUCAGAUACCUAGACUAUAUUUUAGGAAAAAAAACUAUUAGAGAUGUUUGCCUGCUUUAAUAUAAAGAUGGCUGAAGAAUGGUAAGAGAUUUUAGGUUUGUUGCCUGAGACUUCCCAGAAAAGUUUCCAUUCAUGCCCCUUGUCGCCAAAAUAGACAGUGAGCAAGACCAGGUGCCUCAUAGAAAUAAAGGGAAAACUGGUCGAUGACACCCCUUAGGGCAGGCUUGCCCACUUUGUUCAGCAGAAGCAACGGCCACAACCUCAGAGGAGUUAUGUCUUUUUACUAGAGAAUUUUGUUGGAUCCAUGGAGGGAAAAUAAGAUACAAGAAUGAGAAAACAUAAUUUUAAAUGGCAAUUUUGAAGUUGACAGUGGGGUAAAGGGGUUUUGGGAAGAUUUUUAUAAUACUUGAAAAUGUCAUAGUGACAAACAAUGUUAUCUGAGCUUGAUAAUGAAAACAAUUGAUGGAGCAAUCUAGAACAAAGCCAUUCGCUGAGAAAGCAUGCAUAAUAAGCUCUCUGUACAUCUUGUCUGCAAUCUGUAUAAAACUAAAGGAUAGCAUAAAUUUGUGAUAAGUACUUUCUGUGUGAAAUACUGUAAAACAAGUUUAUAAAUUGUUUUUUAAUCCCGUUUUUGUGACCAGACAAUGCGGUCUGUAAUCUUCAACCAACUGCCUUAAAAAUUAAAGGUGCAAUCCAAAUAAA